AUGGCAUCGAACGACGCAGGAAGGCCAUUGCCGAAAUUUGGGGAAUGGGAUGUGAAUGAUCCGGCGACGGCGGAUGGAUUCACAGUGAUAUUCAGCAAAGCCGGUGAAGAUAAAAAGACGGGAAGGAGUACGACGAAGACGACUUCUCAGAGAAAACAAGACGGUGAUAAACCAGCGGUCAAGAAAUGGCUCUGUUUUACUUUUGCUUGA